AUGGCUCGCAACGCUCUCGCCAAGGAACAGUUCGUCAAGCUCAUCGUCGGAGCUGGACAGGCCAGUCCCAGUCCCCCUGUCGGUCCGGCCCUGGGAAGUAAAGGUGUUAAAUCCAUGGAUUUCUGCAAGGAAUUCAACGCUCGCACCGCUCACAUCAACACCGGCGUCCCCAUCCCUGCCCGUGUCACUGUCCGUCCCGAUCGGUCCUUCGCUUUUGACCUCCGCACCCCGACUGUCACCUACCUGCUUCUGAACGCCGCCGGUGUCGAGCCCCGGAAGAACCGCGUGCGCGGCGCCAUGAAGCCCGGUCAUGAGUUCUGCGGCACCGUCUCCCUGAAGCAUAUCUACGAGAUUGCCAAGAUCAAGCACACCGAGACGCGGUUAUCGGGUCUGUCCCUGGAGGGCCUCUGCAAGAGUGUCAUGGCCCAAGCCAAGUCUAUUGGUGUUCAAGUUGUCGCGUGA